AUUCCCUGAGAACGUGGCGCCCUCUGCGUCAAGAAUUCCACCACAUCGGCGCUACGAAAGUGGGAAAGCCCCGUGAAGAGAAGAAGGCUCGUCACCAUUUUCUUCUCCUCUGUAGCUCUUGUCCAACGGCAGCUCUCGGCCAUGUCGGUGUCCGCGAUCCGAGGUACAGCCGCCCACGGUCGGGUUCCUCUCCUUCUCAACCACUUCCAGGUGCCUGCGAUUAGUGUCACAGUUCAGAUGAGGAAGUUCAAUGAUCGGCGGAGUAGGGUCUCUUUGUUUGCUCGGUAUUCACAAGCUCAAGAGUUCUCUACUGGCUUCCGAGACAGAAUCGACAACUUGCCCAAGUUGGUUGAAGACAUUCUCCAAAUAUCAAUCAAUACAGGGCCUAGGGGUGCAUUGAGGCUAGCACAGGGUAUUCAAGCUGUUAUUGGGGUUGGUGGGGAGUGGCUUACUGAUGUUUCUAAGGCAGCAAAUACAUCUGCAGGGCUGCCGACCCAAAUGCAGCUUGGAUUACUUUCUCCCCUUUAUCUGCGGCGAUUAUUUGAGCGCAUGGGAGCAACUUAUAUCAAGCUAGGCCAAUUCAUAGCAUCUGCACCAACAUUAUUUCCUGCAGAUUAUGUUCAGGAAUUUCAGAACUGCUUUGAUCGAGCUCCGCCAGUUCCCUUUAGGGAAAUUGAGGCUAUAUUGCGUGAGGAAUUGCAGAGGCCAUUGGAUAGUAUUUAUGAGUAUAUUGAUCCAGUGCCAAUUGCCUCAGCCUCAAUAGCUCAGGUUCAUGGUGCAAGGCUGAAAAGUUCACAGCAAGAAGUGGUGAUAAAGGUCUUAAAACCUGGUAUAGAAGAUAUACUUGUUGCUGAUUUGAACUUUGUUUAUGUUGUUGCUCGCAUUCUGGAGUUCGUGAACCCAGAACUUCAGCGGACAUCACUGGUAGGCAUUGUCAGAGAUAUAAAAGAAUCAAUGCUCGAAGAGGUUGACUUCCGAAAAGAAGCUGUAAAUAUUGAAUCUUUCAGGAGAUAUUUAGAAAACAUGGGACUAGGGAGGCAGGCCAAGGCUCCAAUGGUCUAUCAACACUGUAGUACGCAGCGUGUAUUGACAAUGGAGAGACUCUAUGGAGUUCCUCUCACUGAUCUAGAUUCUAUAAGAUCACUUGUUCCUGAUCCUGAGAUGACUCUAGUAACUGCACUUAAUGUCUGGUUUGGAAGCUUGAUCGCAUGUGAGACCUUCCAUGCAGAUGCGCAUGCAGGGAACUUAUGGUUGCUUCAUGAUGGCCGCAUUGGGUUUCUUGAUUUUGGAAUUGUGGGUCGAAUAUCUCCAAAGACAUGGGCUGCUAUGGAAAUCUUUUUGGAAUCCUUUGCAACUGAGGAUUAUGAAGCUAUGGCUUCUUCCUUGAUUCAAAUGGGUGCUACAGAAAAGGAUGUAGAUGUUAAAGCCUUUGCAAGAGACUUGGAAAAGUUAUUCUCAUCAAUACAGGACCUAGACACUGAGAUUGUUGUUGCAACUGCUAGAGGGCCAAAUGCAGCAGCUGUCUCUGCUAACGUUGUUGUCGACGAAAGGCAGAUGAAUGCUCUAUUCCUUGAUGUGGUAAGGGUUAGUGAGUCAUAUGGGUUGAGAUUUCCACGCGAGUUCGCACUUCUAAUAAAGCAACUUCUGUAUUUUGAUCGUUAUACUCGAAUUUUGGCACCCAACAUGAACAUGCUCCAGGACCAGAGGGUCACCAUUGUCUCCAACCGAAGGAUGAGGAGCUUAAAUCAGUUCCGAUGAAGUUGUGGAAUCCAGAUAAUUGUUUUGCAGAGUUACUUGCAAAGCUAUUGGUUUUAUCAUAUUUGUAAAUAAGGUCGUGAUUGUUAGGUCCCUUGAUCCAUGGGGACAAAUUAACGCCUAAUAGGUAAAAAGAUAUGAUACAGAGAAAUAUGCAUCAGGAAUACAAGUAGUGUUUCAUUUGCAGACAUAUAGUUUUGUCGCAUUGGAUAUGAUGUUUCUUAU